CUCCUGGACAGAUUCCCUCCUUUCAAAGAUGCUGACCUCUCCAUCAAGAGUCUACAUAUUGAAGCUGUCCCAGUGAGGUUAUAUCAGCCCAAAGCAGCUCAGACUGUAAAAAAGGGUUUUCUUUUCAUACAUGGAGGAGCUGGCACCUUGGGAACCAUUGAUAUCUAUGAAAGAUUCUGCCGCUACAUUUCCAAAGAGAGUGACUCAGUGGUUUUGUCAUUGGGAUAUACCCUGUCUCCUGAGCAGCCCUAUCCAGUGCAAUUCCAGGAAUGUUUGGAUGUUGCCAUACAUUUUAUGAAACACGCAGAAGACUAUGGGGUGGAUCCUGACCGCAUCAUAAUUUCCGGAGACAGCUUUGGGGGUUUACUUGCAGCUUCCGUUUGCCAAAUGAUUGCACAGAGAGAUGAUGUUCCCAAGCUGUGUUCUCAGAUGUUGAUCUAUCCUUUUCUUCAGGUUGUGAAAUACAGCUUGCCUUCAUACAUGCAAAAUGCUUAUGCCCCCCCAUUGACUCGGAGGCAAGCUGUGAAAUUUGCACUGCAGUAUAUGCAGAUAGACAGAGGAUUUGAAGACUUAUUUCUGGAAGGCCUCCUCAUCCCCAGUGAUAUGAAAAUGAAAUACAGGAAAUUGCUGAGCGCAGACAAUAUCCCUGAGGAAUUCAAAGUAAGGGAAACCAAAGCUCGAAAAUACACAGCCCCUUUUGCUGAUAUGCAAGAGCUUAUAGACCAUUUGUAUGGGCCACUGCUUUCUCCACUAUUAGUUGAAGAUGCCAUCAUUCGACAGCUUCCACAGACUUUCAUUUUGACAGGUCAAUACGAUGUUCUGAGAGAUGAUGGAAUCUUGUACAAAAAACGAUUAGAAGACAAUGAUGUCCCAGUGUCUUGGCAUCACUUUGAAGAUGGAUUCCAUGGAUCACUAUUUUAUAUUAAUCAUUGGAUAGCAAAUUUUUCAUGCUGCGAAGAAGGGAUGGAUAGCAUAGUUAACUAUAUCAGAGGCCUAUAAAUCUGAAU